GUAUCCGAACGAACUAUAACCCUGAACCAGCGCAAAGGAUCGACCCUGGAGGAGAUGUCAGCCCUGGUCGGCUGUCUAACUCAGCACAUAAUGGCUAGGCGGAAUAACCUGGCUCCCCUCAUUCGGGAACUUAGACCAUUACGUACGACGGCCCAGGAAAUCGCACAAAAACACGCCGAAAAGAAGGCCGCCUAUGACUCCUUUUUGGCAAGUCGAGAUUCGCAGACCCUGCGUCUGGAACAGGAAGUGCGUGUUCUGCGAGAGGAGACUCGGGUGGAGGAGUCGCGUUACCAUUACCUCAACGCGGCCCUACGGAUGCUGCGGGUGCAGCAGUUCCGGCUGCAGGAGGAAAUGCGCGGGUACCUGACGACUGGAGCAGGCACCGGAGAUGGCACUAAUACGGGCUUUUGUAAUUCUAGCAAUGCCGCUGGUGGUGCCGCUGGGGGGACGGGGAAGCGUCGGAGUUAUCGGGACAUUUACCUUAGAAAAAUUUCUGAUCUGGAAUCUCAGAUGGCGGCACUUCGAGAACAGCAAAAACAUCUGAAUGAAAAUGAAGCCGCCAAUCUGCGCCAAGUAAAGAUCUGGCGGGAUCUUGUGACCAUCCUCCAGAACAAAAUUGCCAUCCGAAAAGCUGAGGAAGAGAAGAUUGCCUCAGGAGGGGAGUACGCCGACGUUCAGAAGAUAGAGAAAGACCGCCUGCUUUUGUAA